AUGGAGCCCGACAAUACCAAGCUACAGUCUGAUGUCGUUGAGACCAGGCCGGAGAGUUCAACACCACCUUUGCAGAUGAACCACCUUGCGGAGUCCGAAGCCGACAUCUUCCACAACCACCGGCGGCUUGUUGACUGGGUGCUUGCCAACAACGGCUAUUUUCACCCCCAUGCGCAAAUUGCGUUCAGUAAGCGCAAAGGCUUUCAUGCUGUUGUCGCCGAUGGACAGCAAGUUUCUGCUGGCACCCGGGUCGCUAGUUGUCCCAUAACGACCACCUUAUCGGUCUUGAAUGCUCUUGAAAUCCAUCCAUUCCAGAGCCAUGGUACGCGUUUUCCAGAGCCCUUCCUUCGAAGCCAGAGGAAGAACCCCGAAUCUCUGGCGGUUUUCUUCUUAAUGGAGCAGCUUGUGCUUGGCGACAAGUCAUGGUGGGCGCCCUACAUUGCCACCUUGCCCACCGUCCAGGAGGUCACAGACCAGCAAUUUGGUGAGGAAGAUCUGAUAUGGCUGCAGGGCACGAAUCUUCCAGGAGGAAUAUCUGAGCGGAUAUCGAAAUGGAAGGAAAUGUACCUGCAAGGAAUUGACGAAUUGAAGCAUUUCCAAUGGGAGAAUGCCGUUAGUGGCGAGUAUACAUGGCCGAGGUUUCUAUGGGCGGCAACCAUAUUUGGAAGUCGUUCUUUCACUUCCCAAGUCUUGGACGCCACUGAACCGGCAGAGCAGGCUUGUCACAAUUACCGCGAGACCCACGAUGGUUCUAACGAGCUUGUGAAACUGUUCUCUCAACGGUUCGCAGUUCUUCUUCCCCUGAUGGACUUGUUGAAUCACAAGCCGGGAGCACAGGUGGAAUGGCAAGCCCUGUUCAACUUCGUCGGUCUUCAACUGUUGGAGAACUACGAGUCUGGACAAGAACUCUUUAACAACUACGGGCCUCGAGAAAACGAAGGGCUUCUAUUGGCCUAUGGUUUCACGGUCCCCGAAAACCCCUUUGAUCAUCUAGUUAUCAGCAUCAGAGCCCCUCCAGGCUCACCACUGGCCUCGGUACACACUUGGAAACCAGACGCCAGGUCUGAUCCAGAACGCAGAUGUUACAUCUUCGAUCAUCGUCACCCUAGGUCAAAAUCCGCAACAUUCAUCGAGACGUCCCUGUUUUCGUUUGAUCUUCUGGACAACAUUUCAGUGCUUUGCGCAAAUGAGCGGGAACUUCAGGUGAUGCUUUACAGGAAGCAGACUCUCAUGAGCUAUUGUCUCGGCGACAAGCCCAACGACAAGGCCAAGUUCGAAGAUGGUCGGAUAGUUUUGGCCACAAUCAGCCAAUUACUUAUGGACUGCUCGGCAAGGGCAUUAAGACUCAAGGCGACUGAUCCUAGCCGAUUUGACCCUCCUGUUCUACCUGGGAGUCUCAAUCAGCAGAAUGCAAAGACCUACCGAGACAGUCAGCUGAACAUCGUGGAGACGGCAAUAGCAGUCUGCAAGUUCGUGCUCAUGUGUGCAACAAGCAACGAUUCUAGGGAAGUCAUCGAGAAGAAGUUGCAACGAGAAUUGCCAGAAUCGAGUUCCAAUACUCUAAACCAACUCCUUAAACGUCACCAAAGUCAAUUGACUCACUCAUUCGAGCUUCUGACACCGUCGGCUGUCCUUGACAUGCUUUCGAACGAGUUGUCGGCCUGUGUGCGCAAUUGUGUAGCCCGCAUCAAAGCCAGCUAUAACACGACAGGAGCAGCGAUGUCGCAAAUGAACAUCGACAAGAUUCACCACACGGUGAUUCUUGCCGCACUUUACGAGGACUACUCGCAUGGUGUCCAGUUGCCACGCAGAAUAACCCGGUGGUUGAAACAGUUAUCAGAGUGGUACCCUAUGGAUUCCGAAUGUUGGGCGUACGUCCCUGCGCCGGGACCUUGGGAGCCAGGUGAAGAGCCCCCUCCCGAACUCAUGGAUUUGCUGGCUGCUAGGGCGGCGAUGUCGCCAACGUUCCCCGCCGAAUCUAACUUCAAGAGGUGGCUGAAGCCGGAGAGACUCUGCUGGGGUUGGAAUGUAAUGGAGGAAGAAAAAGUCAGAGUCCCAGCAAGCAUCUUAGGGGAGGGUGGGAUGGAGAACUAUGGACAAAAUGAUAGCAGGAUAUUGAUCUAUUGGCAAAAAUACUAG